UUAAGUCUAUGAGUGUGCAACUCAACUUUGACUUAAUCAUAAAUAUAUCAACAUUGUUUGCAAAUUAGUAAUCAGAUAUUUGUUAAAUUGUUAACCGGUUGAUAAAGUUGUGUUUACUAAUUAAAAAAAAAUUAUAUUUGAUGAAAAAUUUCCUGUGGCUUUAUCAUGACUUCAAAAAGAGAUUCACAAAGUUCCAUUUAUCGAUGGAUUGAAAGAAAGCCACUUUCAGAAGCAGUUUUAUGGACGUCCAGGGAGAAAUUUUGGUUAAUUACUGCUACCUGUCAUUAUGGAACACAUGACUGGAAAUCGAUUGCCCAAGUAGUAAAGAAUGCAGGAGAAGCUUACAGGCCAAAAGAAGGAUGGUACACUUCAAAAAACUGUGAACGUCAAUUUAAAAUAAUUAUUUCUAAUUUUAGUAAGGAUAUAAAAUCUCUACCUUUUAAUGACAUGAUGGAACAUAUUGCUGAAAGUUUAAAAGAAGAUUACAUACGUGAUGUUAGUAAAUCAAACGAUUCCUUGAAAACAAAAUAUUGUAAUUUGUUUAGUAUAAUGAACAGAGUGAAACAAGGUAACCUUACAAGAAAUGAAGUUGUGAAUCUAUACUCUCAAGCAAGAAGGAAUGAAAUAGAAGGAAAGCAGUACAUGGAACAACUAAUGACCAGACAAAAUUCAACUCUUGCAUCAGAUAUAUUUACCUCUGAAACUACUGAUGAACCAAUAAAAUGGAAUACACCUUCUGCUCCAUUAUUAACAAGUCUCUUAAGAUCUCGAAACACUAUUCCAGCCAAUAGAUCAACAUCAACAAUUGCAUCAUUGUUACAAAAUCCAGCUGGAACUCCUAGAACUAGAUCUGGGAAAUUAUUACCUUUAACAUCAUCUCCAAGUGUUAAAACUACUCAAGGUACUCCUACACUUUCAAAACUGUUAGAAGCACCUGCAAAUCCUUAUAUCCAAUGCCCAUCACCUACUCAAAAGGAUAAAUCAUAUGCUGCUGCUGGAUCAGAUAAAUCACUUGGAAUUAAUAAAAAGGAAAACUUACAGACUUCAUCAAUAAAUAAGAAAACCAUUCUUGAUUCAUAUACACAUGAUGAAAAUAUAGAAUUGAGAGAUCAAAUAUCAAAGAGCCUAGCUUCUAGCAACAAAAAUGAAACCAAAUUAAUGACUGGUAACUUGUGUAUAGUUAAUUUAUUAAGUGACAGUGAAAUUGAGGAAGACAAUAUUAAUAAUAAUGAAGAUUUAUCUGCUGUAAAUUGUUUAGGGGAACAAAAAAUAGAAGAUAGACUAAUUGAACCCCGAGCUACCAGGAGUCAAACAAGGGCAGAUGGACAAAAUUUUAAACAAACACGAGAAGAAAAAAUUGUUGAAGAUAAAAGUGAUCAACACAUUAAAGAAUCUCAAAAUACUGAUGAACUUUUAAAUGAAGUUGAUAUUCCAUUUGACCUAGAUAGUAUUGAUGUUGAACCUUUAUCAGUGAUCCAAGAAAAAAGCACUCCAGAAACUAUACAUUGUAAUAAAAGUUUAAAUUUUAAUCAAACUGUCCAUAAAGAUGUUAGUUCAACUCUAGAAUUAGAAAAUAUAUCACAUUUAAAUACAUCUGUUGAAAAUGAGAAUAAAAAUUUAACAGCUGUUCAAUCACAGAUUGAUGAUGCUAAUAUUUCUGAGUGUUACGUUCCUAUAGAUAAUUCCAUCAUCAAAGAUACAAUUUUAGUACGCAAAGAUAAUCAAACAUUUUCUACUACCGGAAAAAAUAUAAUUACAUAUGAUGGACAAUUGUUAAAACAAAAUAAAAUAAUAGAAUUUAAAGGGACAAAUUUCAAAUGUGUUGACAGUAAAGGAGAUUCAAAGUUAAUCUCUUUUGUAAAUCAGCCUAUUGUUGUUGUUAACAAAAUAAAAAAACCUUUUAAUAUUAAAUUAUCCUCUGAAAUUAAGGAUUCUAAAGAUAAGAGUGAUGUACCAUCAUCAACAAAUGUUGACUCAAAGAAAACGACACUUGUUGAGAGUUCACAAAAUGUUAAACAUAACUUUAGUGAAACUGGUUUAAUUGAUGAUGAUGUUAUUGUUAUUGAUGAUGAUAGCAUGAAUAUGAGUAUUAAUGAAGAGAAAUCAAGUAUCAAACAAUCAUCAAGUAAAUCUCCUAUUUCAAAUAGAAAAAAUAUAUCCAAUAUUUUAAAUAAUGAUGCAUCUGAGAUUGUUACUUCUAAAGCAAAAAAAAGUAGUGUUGAUAGUGGAAAUGGCCAUCUCAUAAAAGAAUUUGAAGUUGACUUAGAUCCAUCAACUUCUCAAAACUCAUUAUCUAAUUUAUAUAAUGGUGUUGAAGAAAUUGUAGAAAUGCAUUCAUUAGAUAGCGAGGAUAUAAUUUUGGAAUGCGAUUCAGUAGAUAUUCAUGAAACAGAAGUUACUUCAGUUAAUGAAAAUAAUUUAAAUUCUGAUGCUUUUGAUACUUUUGCUCAAAAUAUUACCAAUAACCAAAAAUUAACUUCUUCUAAAAUUAUUAACUCUUUAAAUUCUGAAACACAUUUAUUAAAAUAUAUUAAAAAGGAUAAUGAAAAACUUGGAGCUAUUCAAUCAAAUGAACUGGAUGUUUCUGUUACAGGAAUACCUGUAUUACAAGAUGUGAUAUCCGAUGUUAUGAGUAAAAUAGAUUCUAACUGUGUAGAACCUAUUAAAAACGCGGAUUCAAUAGCUCAAAAUUCUACUAAUGUUAUUUUUGAAAUAAGUAGUGAUGAUGAAGAAAUAAUAAAAAAUAUAAAACAAGAUAGAAAAGGCAUUAUUAGUACAGAUAGCCUUAAGUUAAAAACAGAAGAAGAGACUAAUUUUCAAAACAAAACAAAAGAUAAAAAAAAUAGAGAAAGUAUUAAAGUAGGUGUUAUGGAAAAGGAUGACAAAAGUAACUACGAAGAAAGUUAUGUAAAUGUCAAAGCAUUUGAAAAUGAUGAAAUGAAAAAAGAAACACAUAUUACAGUAGAUGAAAUUAUUAAACCUGAGGUAAGAAAUACUAUUAAAGGAGUGCAUUUUGGUAAAGAUGCUGAAAUAAAAGAUGACGAAAAAAAAUUGAAAGAACCUGUAUCACUUAUAUUUGAAGAAAAAGGGAUGUUUGAAUCUAAAAAUACAUUGGCUGAAGGUAAACUUAAAGAAACUGAAAAUAAAAAUAAUAAAGAUAUUAAGGCUAAAGAAAUAGAAGAAAAAUUGGAUAAAACUAAAGAGAUUGAUGUUAAAGAUGGCAAAACAAAAAUUUUAUCCGAAGUAACUAAACAGCCAGAAGAAAUUAUGAGAGAAACUAGAAGGAGUAAAAUAUAUGAUAGUGAUGGUAAAAAUAAAAAUGAGUCAAAAUUAAUAGAAACUGAAUCUAAAAAACAUAAGGUUGAAGAAAUUAAAAAUAAUAUUAAAACUAGAGGAACAAAAAUUGAAGAAAUUGGUAUAACUUCAAAACAAAGUCAAACUAAAAAUAAUAAAUUAUUAGAUUCAUUUUCAAUAGACAUUUUAAGUUCAACUAGUAUCUCAAAAUCAUCAAAUGAUGAUGAUAAAGCAAUAAUAGAUGAAAAAACCAAAAAAGACAUCAAUAUUAUAUCAAAUGAAAGUAGUAGUAAAACUCUUACUCGUUCUUCAACCCAAAUAAAGGAUACUAAAACUUCAGAGAAAAAUAAAUCAUCUCUUUCAUUUAAUAUAACCCAAUUAGGUGAAAGUGAAACAAAUGUUCAGAUGCAAGAUCUAUUAGAUGACAGUAAAUGUAUUCAAUCAAAUGAAUCUAAAGAAGAUAAAAUUUAUGAUAUAAAUGUCACACAUAAUAAUACAAAUGAUAUUCAAAUUUCCAAAGAAAAGAGAUUACAAAGAACUUUUGAAAAUCAGCAGGAUGCACUAUCAAAUUCAAAUGAAGUAGUUAGUAAAACCAACGAUGAGACAUCUCAAGAAAAACUUGGUCCUAAAAAAAGGGGCAGAAAGCGUCGGAUUGAUCAGCUUGUGGAAUUAACAUCAACAAAUCGAGAAAAAUCAAUUUCUCAAGAUGGAUCUAUUUCUGAAAAUGAUUUAUCAGUUGAUAAUGAGUCUUCAGCAAAGAGGACAAGAAAAAGUGUACAUUUUAAUUUGGAUUCAAAAGAAAAUGGAAAAGAGCCAUCAGACUAUAUUGAAGAUAAAAAAGCCAAGAAGAGAUCUUUGAAAUUACUCUUUGAUAAUUUGUGUCAAACCAAGUACUUUUCAAUGUUUGAAAAGCCACUUAAAGAAAUUCCUAUUUAUAAAAAUGUAAUUGAUAGUCCAUUGGAACUCAAAGAUGUUAAAAGAAAAAUUGAAGCAGAAGAAAUAAAAAAUAUAGAUGAGCUACAAAUAAAUUUGAUGUUAAUGUCAUUCAAUGCUAUUAUGUUUAAUCCAACCAACAGUACAGUCUCUAAUGAUGCUACAAGCUUACAAUUUGAGCUUAAAUAUAAUUGCCAGUUAUUACAAGGCGCAAUAGAGGAAAGUUGUUCUGAAGAUGAAGAUGAUGAAGAAAAUGAGGAUGAUAAUGAAAAUGAUGAUGAAUUGAAUGAUAGUGAAGAAGGUUCCACUACAACUGAUGAUUCUCAACCAAAAAAAAAAAAACGUAAAGUCAAUUCUAGCAGUGAUGAUGAUGUAAAUGAUGACAAUUAAUGAUACAAAUAAAAUAAAAUUAUGUAAUUAAUAAUUAACCUCAUUAAAUUAUGAUAAUUGUACAAGUAAAUAGUUUAUAUUCCAUGA